AUGAAUAAUACUUUGAGUAUAAUGGAGAAUAUUGAGAAUCAUUAUCCUAGUAUAAGUCAUAAAAGUGAAAAAAUACCAUUGAAACCAACUAAUAUGAAUACUUUAAAUUUAAAAUCACCUGUAAAACAGCAAAUUUUAACAAAUUCAACAAAUUCACCACUACUGUUAUCAAAGAAAAGAGGCACAAGUCCACAUACACCAUCAUUACAUCAAAAUAAGAUAAGAAAAAGAAUAGAAGCUGCUUCAGUACCUCCAAAAUUAACAUAUGAUUUGAAAUCACAACAGCUAUUAAUAGAUUCCAAUAUAUUUGGUAAAACUAGUAAUGAAAUUCAAUUAAAUUAUCAAAUUUGGUUAUUAAAUAAACAACUACAACAACUGAAUGAAUUAAAUGAAUUUCUACAAUUAGAAAGAGAAUUCGAAAUGGAAUCAUAG